AUGGCGGCUUUCCUUCUUCGCAACUCAACCGGAUCAUGGAAGACAGUGUCAGUGGUUCGCGUCGCCAACAACGGCAUUUGUUUGGCAAUCGUCAUCGCAAUGGCCAUUCAGGCCAUUGAACAUUCAGGACUCGCCGUCGACUAUCUGCUUGUGUAUUACUUGACGAUCGCCCUCUUCUAUUCCGAGUCGUAUAACCUCUUGGACAAAGGGGUUACUACGCCUACCACUAGCCGGUAUAGCCUCGUUGCAGACGUCCCCUUGAUUGUACAAAACCUGCUCUUUGCAUUCAUGAGCUUUUUCGGGUCUUGGUUCUGGAUCGCCGGCAUUGAUCGCGCUGAGGCGACACCAUGCAGCAACACCGCUGCCUGCAUUUGGCUGUUCGAUAUCCAGGCUCUGUCGUGGCGGAUAUUCGCCGCGACCCUGGGAACACUCACGGGAAUUAUCUUCACCGUAUUUUUGGUGGUACAUGCACUCAAUCUCAUCCCCGGGAAUCACCAGGGCCCGAUCGUCCAACGCGCUAAUGCGGUCGUGGUGAAAAUCAGCCGCACGAAGGCCUUGAGCGCUGUAUCACUCGGGAGACUGCGGACUGAGCUUCAGUAUGAAUGGCCUGCUAUACAAAAUGAUCGAUGGCAGAGCAUUGUGCGACCCCAAAACCCCCUGGCGCACGGCUUCUGGCGCACAAAUGGACUCGAGAUGCUGCACUGGAUUUCGAUCAAUCUGCUCGGCCCAGUGAUUACAAUCGUAUCCGUGGAACGCAUGAUAAGCGCUAAUGCGAUUACGACUGACGGCAUUGCCGACUCCAGCGGGCAGCUGAUUGCCCUUAUGACGGGAAUCUUCGCUAUCUGUGUGGCCAUCAGCGAGACAGCUGCUAAAUACCUUGGCAACAGCAAACGGUGUCAAACUGAAGCUAGCGACCCUGCGCAGUACCUGUUGUCUCGGCAGGCGUAUUGUGAUUCAACGCCAUUCAGUGCUGAUCAAAUUGCCAUGGCAACACAAGGCUUCGUUAAGCUCCAGAAUAAACGUGACCCUGCCUUCCUUGAUGACUUGAUAGGUGCAUCCCAAGGCGCAUUGAAUAGUCAUCUGCCGCAAGACUAUCCUUUGACCGUCUGCAAUCGUGAAAUAGCUUACAUCACAGCCGACAGACAAUAUCGCAACUCCUCCAACGGCCAAUCCUACGGGAUUAUCGCAAAUUACGAGGCCAGGGACAGUAUCGGAUGGACACCACUGCUUCGCACUGCAUUCGAUGGAGACAUAAGCCAAAUACAGCAUAUACUCGACGAAGUAAAAGGGUUGCACCUCACAGACCAGAGAGAAAUUCUCAACGCACAAGACGAUUAUGGGAGAACGCCGCUUUGGUGGGCAGUUGCAAAAGCUCAUGCCGACGUAGUGAAACUCCUCAUUGAGAACGAUUUAACAGACAUCAACACCAAAGACAUUCAUUUCCAAAGAACGCCCCUGGCCCUCGCUUCCCUCCAAGGGUCCGCGACUCUUGUCAAGAUGCCCCUAGAGGCUUGCCAUGUCAUGGUCAAUACACCGAAUUAG